AUGGGUAUAACAAUUCGUCAAGCAAAUAUAACAGAUGUGCAGGCGAUGCAAAAUGCAAAUCUACAUAAUUUACCUGAAAAUUAUCAACUAAAAUAUUAUAUGUAUCAUAUAUUAAGUUGGCCACAAGCUUCAUUUGUAGCAACAACUACAACAAAUUUAGAAUCUGGCGAGGAAAAAGUUGUUGGUUAUGUAUUAGGUAAAAUGGAAGAUGAUCCAGAAGCAACAGAUAAAACACCACAUGGUCAUAUAACAUCAUUAUCAGUAAUGAGAACAUAUCGUAGAAUGGGAAUAGCAGAAAAAUUAAUGAGACAAUCAUUAUAUGCAAUGUGUGAACUGUUUGAUGCAAAAUAUGUUAGUUUACAUGUACGUAAAUCAAAUAGAGCUGCAUUACAUUUAUAUAGAGACUCUUUACAAUUUGAAGUACAACUGAUUGAAAAAUCUUAUUAUCAAGAUGGUGAAGAUGCUUAUGCUAUGAGAUUAGAUUUAAAUUUAGAAGAUUUACUACCUUCUUUAUCACAAAAGGGAAUAGUUGAUGAUUUAACAAAAGAUUUGCUAGAAGAUAUACUUGUAUAA